CUUACCCUUCUGCUUCUUUGUUUUCUGCUGUGAUUGCUGUCAAACACAAAGACAUUGACUAUUUAAUUUAAGCCCUAUGGAGUGACUCUCCCAUAAUUUUAUAAAGAAUUAUCUCUAUCCUUAGUAUCCCGGAGUUUUUUCUUUUUUCCUUUCCAACCUCGACGCUCGUUACCUCUCCAAAAAAGUUUGCAAUCCAAAACAAAAUCAUAACCUGUGCGACUCCUGUCACUUUGUUGUCAUGUGUUUCAAUAAUUCCUAUAAAGACUGAUUGAUUACAUUCAAGCAUACAAUGUCUGAUUUGCACAUUUUAAACUUUCGUCUAGUGGAUUCUGUUCCCACAGAAAAACCGUAUUAUGUCUACACUGUAGAUGUUAACAUUAAUGGGCGACAUCGUUGUGUUGAGAAGCGUUACAGUCAGUUUCACAGCCUACACAGACAACUCAGGAAAUUAUACCAAACACCUACCUUCCCACCGAAGCGUGUACGCUGUUCUCAACCUCGUUUGCUGGAGCAAAGACGACGGGGCUUAGAAAUGUACCUUCGCACCGUGUUUCUACAGUCUGCACCCUGUCGUUCUCAAAUCAUGAGCUUUUUGGGUCUACCCCAACUUUCUGCCCUGGAAACUUGUAAAGGCUCUAGCUGUGAGGUGCCAUUGGAUCACCCACCUAUUUAUAUGUACAAGAAUGACCCAUACAUACAUCCUAACACUAAAUCUGAUCUUCCUGAUGUCGUUGUGAAUGGCAUACUCAUGGCUUUGUAUGACACACCUCGGCUGCACUGAUAAUUUGUUAUUUCUUUAUUUAAGCAAAAUUUAAUUUCUAUAAUCCAAAAUUUUAUUUCUGUUAUCACAUGGGUAUUAUCUUUUUUCAAACAUUCAUCACUGCAUUCCAUGUGAACCAAAUGUGAUAUAACAUAAUUUGUAUGAAUAAAAGUGCAGAAGCUACAGCA